GAGACGUACGAGAAUAUUCCAGGUCAAUCUAAGAUCACGUUCCUUCUACAAGCAAUCAGGAAUACUGCUGCUGCUGAGGAGCCUAGACAAAUGGCAGCUGUCCUUCUACGACGUCUUUUGUCCUCUGCUUUUGAAGAAGUUUAUCCAUCUCUUUCACCUGAUGAUCAAACCUCUAUCAAAAGUGAAUUGCUCUUGAUUAUUCAGUUGGAAACACAGUCCACUAUGAGGAAAAAGAUCUGCGACAUCGUUGCUGAAUUGGCCAGGAACUUAAUAGAUGAAGAUGGCAACAACCAGUGGUCAGAAGUUCUGAAAUUCUUAUUUGACUCUGUCAGCUCUCAGAACGUGGGCCUGCGUGAGGCUGCUCUGCAUAUUUUCUGGAAUUUUCCUGGGAUUUUUGGGAAUCAGCAGCAACACUAUUUGGAGGUCAUUAAAAGAAUGCUGGUUCAAUGUAUGCAAGACCAACAGCAUCAAUCAAUCAGGUCUCUGUCUGCUAGAGCUGCAGCUGCAUUUGUGCUUGCUAAUGAGCACAAUCUUCCCCUUCUUAAACAUUUUUCAGACUUGCUACCCGGAAUAUUGCAGGUUUUAAACGACUCCUGCUAUGAAAACGAUGAUUCAGUCUUGAAAUCUCUUGUAGAAAUUGCAGAUUCUGCACCGAAGUAUCUACGAGCACAUUUAGAACCUACAUUGCAACUAAGUCUGAAAUUGUGUGCAGAUGCCAAUCUCAGUAACAUGCAGCGUCAAUUGGCGCUUGAAGUAAUCGUGACCUUGUCAGAAACUGCUGCUGCUAUGCUAAGGAGGCAUACAAACAUUGUUGCACAAACCAUUCCUCAAAUGUUAGCAAUGAUGGUUGACUUGGAAGAAGAUGAAGACUGGUCAAAUGCAGAUGAGCUUGAAGAUGGUGACCUUGACAG